GCAUUGACCUCAAGGAAAUGAAGGUAGUUAUACAACUGUACAAGUAAAUGGUGCACCCCCAACUUGAAUUAUUGUAUCUAGGCAUGGAGACCUCAUUUUCAGAAAGACAUUUGGUGUGGAGAAAGUUUAACACUGACAACAAAAAUCAUUCCUGAACUAAGUUGUCUCUCAUACCAGGAUUGGUUGAGGGCCACAGGGCUAACAAAAGUGCAAACCAGACAUAAUAAGUCUGAUCUCAUUGAAACUUAAAAUUCUGAACAAUUUGGAGGAUAUUGAUCUUGACCACUUCUUAAAAAGGUGAGAUGUUACACAAACAAGGAGGAGUGGUUUCAAGAUCAACAAGGCACAAUGCAGGACAGAAAGGAGAUUCUUUUUCACCCUUAGAGUUAUAAACCCAAUGAAGCCGUAAAUUCCAAAACACUGGAAUUUCAACAUCCAACUCGACAAAAUCAUCACAACAAAUGAGGGGGAACCUUUGACAAGCUGCUGGCUUUUUGUCCUUGUUAAGGCCACUAGAGAUAUAGUGGCCCACACAGAUCCCUUCUGGUUCCGAUUUUUCAAGAUAAGAAAACUGGUCACGUAAUCCUGCUAGAUAUUCAGGGUCAGCAAUAAACUUUCAUCAGUCCUAACUCUUUUGUAUUAUUCUCUAGACAUAAUUGAGGAUCACAGUUACUUGCAUUGCAGAAUACGUGCUCCAGGAAUUCAUCGCCAGCAGUAUUUUGGCCACUUAGAUCUGUAUACAGCACAGCAUUUACUUCCUCUUAGCAGCUUCCACCAGUCUCUGUUCCUGUGCACGGCCACUUCAUGUGUACUGAUCAUGCUGGAGUAUAUUUGAGUACUUUACUGGCUCUUAAAUUUUUAAACAAAUUUGUGUUUGCUUUAGAAACUUUUAGAUUACUUAGUAUUUUAUGUAAAAGACCUUGAAAUUCAUUCCGAAGAAGAACAUCUCUAUUACGUCUCAGAACGGCAUAAACCAUCUUGAAAACUGAGAAAGUUUGCUUACGUUUGUUUUUUAAUUCAUUGUCAGUUAAUCUUGUCUAAUAAUCUGCUAGAUUUAUUAAAAAGGUCUUUUGAGAUAUAAUCUUUUAAGUGUUCAAAAGUUUACACACAAGAGAAAUAAUAUAUUUUUGUAUCAAAGAUUUGUAAAAUAAAAUUUGAUAAAAGAAUAUGAGUGACAAAGAAGAAAAGAAUAUGAAUGAUCAAGAAGAAAAGAAUAUGAAUGACCAAGAAGAAAAGAAUAUGAAUGAAGAAGAUGAAAACAAUGACAACGAUGAAGAAGAAAACAAUGAUAACGAUGAAGAAAAUAAUAUGAAUGAUCAAGAAGAAAACAAUGCUAAUGAUCAAGAAGAAAAGAAUAUGAAUGAUCAAGACGAUAAGAAUAUGAGUGAUCAAGAAGAUCAGAAUAUGAGUGAUCCAGAAGAAAAGAACAUGAACGACCCAGAGGAAAAGAAUGGUCAAGAACCAAAGAAACCUUACAAAUGUUCCGAAUGUCCAAAAUGCUUUAAAAAGAAAUCAUAUUUGGCAGAACAUAUGACAUCUCAUACUGGAGAGAAGCCUCAUAAGUGUUCAGUGUGUCAAAAAGCAUUUAAACGAAAAUCAUACCUAGUAGAACAUAUGAGAUCUCAUACUGGAGAGAAACCUUUUCAAUGUACAGUAUGUCCAAAAGCCUAUAAACAAAAAUCGUUUCUAGUAGAACAUAUGACGUCUCAUACAGGAGAGAAACCACAUGAAUGUACGGUUUGUCAAAAAGCCUUUAAAAGAAGAUCGUAUCUAGCAGAACACAUGACAGUUCAUACUGGAGAGAAACCAUAUCAAUGUUCAGAGUGUCCAAAGGUUUUCAAACAAAAAUCUUACCUAGCAGAACAUAUGACAGCUCAUACUGGAGAGAAACCACAUAAGUGUUCGGUUUGUCAAAAAGCCUUUAAGCGAAGAUCAUAUCUGGUAGAACAUACGAGAGUUCAUACUGGAGAAAAGCCAUAUCAAUGUUCAAUGUGUGAAAAAUCUUAUAAACAAAGAUCGUAUCUUCUAGAACACAUGACAGCUCAUACUGGAGAGAAGCCACAUCAGUGUUCAGUGUGUCAAAAAGCCUUUAAACGGAGAUCAUAUCUACUAGAACAUAUGACAGCUCACACUGGAGAGAAGCCACAUCAUUGUUCAGUGUGUCAAAAAGCUUUUAAAAGAAGGUCAUAUCUUGUAGAACAUAUGAGAGCUCAUACUUGAAAGAAAACCAGAAUUCAUAUCACUGUGCAAUGUCUUAAAAAGUAAGUUCUUCAGUACCAUGGGAUGAUGCAUCACAAACCAGACCUAUAGGGGAUUCUAUAAUGACAUUUGGCAUGUGCUAUUUAAUUAUAUUUGACAUGUAUUUUUAAUUAAUAUUCAUGUGCUUGUCUAUUUCCAAGCUAUAUAAUUUUAGUGCAAGUUAAACAGUGUAGUACACAAAGCUGUACCAAGGUUAUAAGAAGUCUACAAAAGUGCCCGAGUGUGAGUAGAAUCUCUGUAAUGGGUAGCAACUGUCAAUAAGAUUAAGUGUUAAUUUUCUUACUGACCACCACAUUCCUUAAACGUAUCACAAGACAUUUGACCUGACCACUGCAGUUCACUUCAGAAUGGUUGUAGAAUGGCUGGCAGAGACUUUUGGAGGAGACACGAAUGACCUCAAAAUGUUGACAAGAUCAUUAGCAUACCUUAUCCAGUGGAAAGUAAGUAAUUUGAAAGGUAACAGUACUUAGUGUCGGAACAUGGAUUUAUACAGACCCUUGUGAAAGAAAUGGUAUGUGAUGCUUGUGUCGGAUGUCUGAUAUGGUUAGUUUUGUCUGACUUAAUUUGAAUAUAGAUAACUUAAGCAAGAUUUCAUGAGUAGGAGUAAGAAUAAGGAGUUACAAUAAAGUUUUCCCUUCUAUAUAUAAAUUCUGUAAACACUUUAGUUUAUAUUGUGGCAUUGACAGUUGUUUACAGUAGCAUCAAUAGAUUUAAGUACAGUAUAUAAUGUUUUAUUAUUCCCGGUUGUAAAUAAGUUAAUUGUGCAAUUAUAAACAAAACAUA